AUGUGCAACAUUGACUUUUCCUCUCAGCAUUUGAUCUCACCAGAGAUACCCCAGUACUUCAUUAAUGCUCUUCAACGUCUCAUCAGCACGCGGACAUUACUGAAGACUUACUUUGCCGAGUCGAAUGGCUAUCCUGGCGAAAGCCCAGGGCCUCGGAAGAGCACCUUGACAGACGCGCUGCUAGCUGUCCGUAAAAUUCUGACUUUGGUCAGGGAAUUUCCAGACCUCGAUGUGGAUGGAUUCAUCGGGGAAUCUCUCAACAACUACAAGAUCAUCCUGGCCUUUGAUCUGGACCCUGAGUCGAUGAAACGACCAAUGUCGGCCGCUGCUGGGUCAAUGGAGCAACCAGAGUACGAGGCUGAGUGGGAGCGCUCGGAUGAGGAUGCUUUUCUGGUGCACACCAUACUCCUGCGCGAGCUCCACGAGAUCAGAGCAGAGGUCCGCAGCCUCUGGAAGAAAUUCGCUCGAGGCUAUCUAUCGCUAACCUGCGUCACAAUGGCCACAAACGUGGCGAUUCAGUUGGCUGAGCUGAUGGAAUCGGAGAUGAUGGCUGCAUUGCCCACCUUCAGAUUCACCAGCUCGCAUCAUCUCGCCUAUGAAAAGGCAAGAAUCGCUGCGGAAAUGGCACUUCCUUUCAACAAGAACGCGAGUCGAGAACACAAACUAGAGAUUCUCUACAGGAUCAAAGAUUACUGUCUAAUGCAGACCGUACACGCCUGGGCGCUCUGGCAGAAGCAUUACAGGCACAGCUCUGAUACUGUGUCAAUAUAUCUUGGAAAAGAAGGGCGCUUCUCUCCUUCGAACCCCCCAACCGGUCCGAUAAAUAUGAUGAAAGAAGACUGUGCCGCCCUCCUUGAGAUUUUCGGAGGCAUCGCGUUUCUUUUAUCAACAGAUGACUGGGCCACUGAAGAACUCGACGAGUUGACCUCGACUUUCAUCCAGCUUUGGCAAUUUAGCGACAAAGUGCACCCAUUGUCAGCGAGCUUGGCAGGUUCAAUCUACCUCGACAUCAUCAAGCUGUUACGGGAGCUUGGAAUGCUCCAGAAGCCGGCCGAUUGCCUAGCCCUCUUCAGACGGACUUUGCUCGAAUCGGUCCUGUCAGCCGAGAUCUUCGCGUCUUUCCACCUGUCUAGAAAGCGGUUGAUGUACAGAAUUAUGCACGGCAUCGAAAUCAUCAAAGACUACUCCCGGCUUUGGGACAAGAAGAAUCCAUUCAGAGAAGCACUUGGCAAAAAAGGGAUUUCGGGAGAUGUUCUGACAGAAAGGCACCCCUUGCUUGUCGGCACGUGGAUACAUCGCACACGGCUGGGUCUCUGUGAUGUCGGUAGCAACUGUGCUGCCGACACGGGAGCACUUGGUUUUGUGGCACGGCUCUACCUCUCGCUUUGUCGAGACGAGCUGCUAGCCCCUGGGACGUGGCUCGACCUUGAAGUGGCAAUCGCUCUCCGGUCAUCAGGAGCAUUCCUGGGUUUGGAUCCCGAGCAGACAGACUGGGCCUCAUCGCUGGAUGUUUCGAACCAGGACUCUGAGAUUUCGCGCGUGUUGGUAUCUUUGAGGGAGAGACGCGCAAUUCGCUCUGCCAAAGUUUCUUCACUGGUUAAGACCUGCAAGUAUGUCCAUGAAGAGUUUGAGACUGUUUAUACUGUGUCGUUUGCGGUCACCAAAGCGAAGAACGCCAUUUUUGAACGUGAAGGAGUGAGAGUGACUGGUAAGAAUGAGGAAGCCAAGAAUGACAAAGACCACCAAGAUUUUUUGGAACGAAAAUCGAGCCAGCAGAAGGUUGCGACAGAGCGUUCAAGCCAGUCAUCAAAAAGCGAGAAAAACAGCGAGAAACGGGGUACUCAAUCAGGUCAGGGACAAGAAUCUGUUCAAAUCGUAACCAAAAACCAAGCUGAACAUGGCCCUAAAGCAACAGCGAUGGCACAAAGCCACGACCCGAAGAAGCUGACGCAAAUCGGUUACCUCAGUCGACUUUUCACUCCAGAUAGUGUCUUUGGAACAAGCGGGCCGCAUGGUCUGGUUCCUGACGAGCUGGUAUGGGCAAUCACGAGGAGGGGCAGAUAUGCCAUGAACUUGAUUGAUGUCGAUAACGGAGCAACCGAGACGGGACAGGAAACUGAUCGAUCUGAGGGUGUGAGCAAAGCAAGCAACUUCAAGGAAGUCGUUGCCAUGGACGUUCCCCUGGACCCAUGCACCGUAUCUUUCCUCUGUACACAUCUCGCCUAUGGUUUGCAUGAUGAAUUGCCCGAAACGAGCUUCGACUACUUUGCUGUGGACUUGGCCGCCCUCGAGGUCGUCCGCGCAAUCGCUAACAGACAAAAAGUUCAGCACCGCACGCGAUCUGUUGGCAAGCUGGCAGAGGCCCUUGGCCUUGAGCGGCUGGCUCGCGAAGGGCCGUCUCUAGAGGUCUUGAGCGCCUUUUUAGGCAAAAGAAACGUAGAAAAUCGCAAACAAGGCGUCGAUGAAGCAGAAGGUGACUCCGGGCCACCAGAACCAAGCACGGAUCUGGAUUUGCGCAAACUCGCCGCUGAGGAGAUUUUAAAAUGGGCAAGCAAGGAACCCAGGCCAUGCUGCAUUGCAUCGACGCGAUUAUGCGAGCUUGGCACAGUCAUCUGCAUGGAACAUUGCUGCUCCAGUGGAUGUGCUGCCAAAAUGAACAGACCAAAGGCUCCUGUGGUGCAAAAGCAGGGCGAGGAGAGAUCACGCACGUCAGAAAAGGAGAAGCACUCGAAUGGCAAGGGGAAGGGCAAAGAGAAGGUCUAG